GCCAGUCUCGCCAAUCUCAAGCUGUCCCCUCCUCCGACCAUCAUCGAAGUAGAUCUGAGACGUACGUUUGCAGCAGGCCAUUUCUUUGUCCGAGCGGUGACGAAUAUGCCAUGCUACAGCGGACAGCGCCAAUCUCAAAUCGCUGCUCGGCCGGUUGACUUUGCACAACACGUUCCCCAACAUCAUUAUAGGCUCCCGCUCCAUCGGCGGCUCUGACGACUUGCAAGCUCUCCUGAGCAGCGGACAGGCAAGUGCAUCAUCGCUUUCAUUGCAUGUCUGAUUCGUCACCGCUGCAGUUUCAGUCCUUGGUCGCAGAAGUGAACGUCUCGAUGGAAUGAUGUACACGCAUAUGUAUGGGCUGUAUAGACCACUGUCGCUCUGGCGUGCCCGUAAACUUUAAUUCCAACAAGGGGCGACGUCAAAAAGUUGAAUGUCAACCGCCAUUGCGCGUGUAUAGAUGACAUGGGGCGACCGUCUUGCCGCCCUCUUGACAUCCUCAGCCGGCAAGGCUAUCAUCCUAGCCAGCUUCGCGUCACUCGGAACUGCGACCUUGAUCCUGGGUACGCAAGAUGUCCGUCGGAGAGCCUAUCGCCGCACACUGCGACAAGAAGUCGAGGAGGAAGUCAGAGAACAGCCGCUCGACACUCUGGAUCUCCUGAUCGAUAGCAAGCAAGUCAGCGGACGUACUACGCCCGCGAGAAGAGCUACACCGCUGCAACAAGAAGAUGAGAAUGACACGGCGCGAGAGAUGGAUCAAGCCAUUAUUGAUGAGCACCUCGCUCGCAACUAUGCUUUCAUGGGGAAGGAGGGCGUCCAGCGUGUCAGAGACGCUUUCGUCAUCGUCGUUGGCUUGGGCGGUGUAGGUAGUGCAGCUGCGCUCAUGCUCGCACGGAGCGGCGUCGGUCGGAUACGACUUAUCGACUUUGACCAAUGUACCCUCAGCUCACUCAACAGACAUGCAACCGCAACGCUCGCGGACGUUGGGUUACCCAAAGUUAAAGCUUGUCAGAGAGCCUUUCGCGCCAUCGCUCCCUGGGUCCGUAUCGAUGCACGGGUAGAGCUCUUCCGCAUGCAAGACGCGGAUAUACUGCUAGCCGGUGACCCCGAUUGGGUCAUCGAUGCAAUUGACAACGUCGAGACAAAGAUCGAUCUCCUGACUUAUUGCCAUCAUAAGGGCAUAAAGGUCUUCGCAUCCAUGGGCGCGGCAUCUAAAGCCGAUCCUUCACGAGUCCAGAUAGCAGACAUCUCCGCCACAGACGAAGACCCCCUAGCGCGAGCUGUCAGGAAGAAAUUACGCACUCGCGGCAUUUCACAAGGUAUACCCGUCGUCUAUUCUACAGAGCGGCCCAAUCCUGACACAGCUCUCGUACCGCUCGACGAGGAAGUCUACCAAGCCGGCAAGGUGACAGAGUUAUCUGCGCUGGAAGCAUUUCGCGUUCGCAUACUGCCUGUGCUUGGUCCUAUACCCGCUAUGUUUGGACAAGCGAUUGCUGCGCACGUCCUGACAUCGCUCGCCGGUAUGACUACGGCCCCGCUGGCCACUAGACUACGUCCCAAGGCAUACCAGAAGCUUUCGAAGGAGAUGUAUGCUACUGACGAGCGUCUCUUUGGCUCAAGCCCCCGAAUGAUGAGCGACGAGGACGUCGCUUAUAUGUACGAAGAGGUGUUCAACGGUCGAUCAGCAAUCGCGCCACUUCAUCUCAUCCCACAGCGACCGCUCUGUCUCCGCUGGCAUGCAGACGCACCGUUAUCACGCAGCAACUUUGCGGUUUUCGAGGCGAGCGAAGCACAGACGCAUAUGUCGCGCGUCUUGCAGGGCGGAGAGACGCCGGAGCAAGUCUGGGGCAAGCAGACUGCAGACAUGAUUCAAGCGCGAUUCAGCAAUGACGAACGCUUGCGCAGGUGGCUCGAAGUGUAGCAAUGCAAAUGUCCGGUACAAAUGAG